AUGGCGCAGUGCGUGCGUCGGCUGGUGCUGGCGGCGACGCUCGCCGCUGCGGUGGCGCUGCUGCUGUGCACGAGCAGUGCGCCGGUGGCGCGUGCUGCUGGGACGAACGACUUCACUGCGGCGCAGCGGACGAACACGCUGGCGGUGCUGCAGGCGUUUGGGCGUGCGAUCCCUGAGCUUGAGAAGAAGUGGGCGGGCAACGACUUCUGCUCGUGGGAGCUUAUCAAGUGUAAUAAGAUGGGAGUGUACGUGACGGGAAUCAGUCCAACGUAUGCCGGCACGCUGCCGGAGAUGCCUGUGAACGUCGACUACAGGCACGUCAUGAUCCGGGAUUUGUGGCUCUGGAAUAUGUCGCUGCUGAGCGGGACGCUGCCGGACAGCUGGGGCAAGCUGGAAGGACUGACUUCCCUUAAGUUGUCGGGCAACAAAGUGAGCGGUACGCUGCCCGCCUCAUGGCACUCGAUGAAGCGGCUGUCAUUCUUGAUAAUUGAAGAAUCUGGCGGCAUCACCGGCGCGCUGCCGCCCGAGUGGAGCUCGAUGCCUAAUUUACAGACUCUGCAGCUAAGGCGACUAAAACUGAGCGGUACGCUGCCUGCGGAGUGGAGCUCUUGGAAAUCACUAGUGAACGUCUUUCUUGAGGACACGCCGAUCACAGGCUUGUUGCCCCCGGAGUGGGGCUCGCUGGAGAGAAUACAGCAGCUGGUUCUAGAGAAAUCGAAGCUGACCGGCCCUCUCCCUCCUCAGUGGAGCUCGAUGAGAUCGCUGAGCCUUCUGAACCUGAAUGGCGCAAAGGUCUCCGGCACGCUGCCGCCCGAGUGGAGUGGGAUGUCGAAGGCCGCAUACUUCUGGCUGAACAACUGCGACCUGUCCGGCACGCUGCCGCCCCAGUGGUCGUCGAUGCCAAACCUGCGCGGCGUCUCACUGAAGGGCAACCGCUUUUGCGGGUGUGUGCCGGACUCGUGGGCCAACAAGGCUGAUCUUGCUGUGGAAAUCGAGGACAAGCACAAGGGCAGCGACUGCUUGGCUGGUAAGGACUGCACAACGACCACCACUAAGCUCCCCACCACGACAACGACCACCACUAAGCCCCCCACCACGACAACGACCACCACGACAACGACCACCACUAAGCCCCCCACCACGACCACGACCACCACAAAACCCCCCACCACGACCACGACCACCACAAAACCCCCCACCACGACAACGACCACCACAAAACCCCCCACCACGACAACGACCACCACUAAGCUCCCCACCACGACAACGACCACCACAAAACCCCCCACCACGACAACGACCACCACGACAACGACCACCACGACCACGACCACCACUAAGCCCCCCAUCACGACAGCGACCACCACUAAACCCCCUACCACGACCACGACCACCACUAAGCCGCCGACCACGAUAACGAGCACUACUAAGCUGCCCACCACAACCACCACUGAGGCACCGGCUGAACCCACGACCACUGCUACCCCAACAAACACGCCGACUCCUGCACCAGAGACGGAGUGCGAGGUGGAUGGGUGUGAGGUGUGCGAGGGGGACUCCGCUGCGAGGUGCGCGAGGUGCCGUGAGGACUACUUCCUGACGGACGAGAGGACGUGCCUGGUGUACUGCGAUGGCGGUGUUGCUGCUGUGUCGAGCGGAGUGGCGGCAGCAGCUGUUGUGUGCGUGGCUGUGCUGUUCAGCGUGGGGCUGGCGGCGUGA